AUGCUGUCGGUGAGCAAGCCGACGUCUUUAGUCCAGCAGAAGAAACAGCAGUGGGCGCGGGAGAGAGAGGAGAUGUCCCAGUUUUACUUACCGUGGGGUUCCGGAGAACGAUACACCAAUCGCUUGCAAGUACGGAACCAAUUUGCAAGCAGCCUUGAGCUGCACAAGCAAUCCUCUUAUGAUUAUCAAGAACCAGUGGUGGUGCAACGACAAAGAAGCCCCAGCCUGCCGCCUAUUCACCACAUUGAAAUAGGCAAACAAAUUAAAGAAGAACGAAAAACGAAAGAGAUUUUAAAUCGUAAUAUUUCAAGUGCGAAAAGAUUCGCUUUUUACGACGAAGACGGCGAAGGUGAUACUUCCGGAUACGGAAGUGAAACUGUCAAUCACAUGAAUAUCAGAAAUCAGUGUGGCAGCAACAACAAUAACGACCCUGUAGUUGCGUGGCAACAAGAUACAAAGGAAAACAGAAAACAAAAUAUAACUGGGCGCGCUACAGUGACAGAUGGUUUAUGGUCAGCACGUAGCCCAGGACCGGUGGAAGAAGGCCGACCUCGAUGGGGAGAUCGUGGAGUAGCUACGGGAAGGUUGUGGGAACCAACAGCACCUAAUGCAAGACUGCCGCAGAUGCAAAAUCAAAAGAAAGGUACACCGUCAUGGGUGGAGCGUGGAUUAAAUAUGAUAGAUAAUGCAUCAGAUGUUCUAGUUAUCGAUCAAAGAAGUUCAACAAACUCAGGAUUAGAAUGCGAUAGGUCUUCAUACAAUGGAAGCGAUGAAGGAAAAACUUUUCUUCGGGGUCAAAAUGUACCUAUAGAACCAGAAGUAAGAGCUCAACGUGAAAAUAAACGUAUUAAGGCCUUAGAACUUCAAUCAGCUAUUUUAAGCCAGUUAGAAGACCGUGAAAAGAGACGCCAAGAAGAAAGGGAAAGGGAGUUGAGAGAAGAACGUUUGGAAGAGUUACGCAUACAGAGACAACAAGAAGAAGACAAACUUAAAAUGGAAGAAGAAAAAAGAAAACAUGAACAAAAGCAAGUAUUAGAACAGCGUAAACUUGAAGCAUUAAAGAAGGCGCUAGAAGAGGCGGAAAAAAAGGCAAAGACUGAAAAAGAGAAAAAAUAUAUAUGUCAAAAACAAUUAGUAAAUCCAACAGCAACCGUAUCUGAAGAUAAUAAAGUAAAUUUCGUUGAAAAUACUGUAAUGGCUGAUACUAUCCCAGUCAGUGAAAUUAUAAGUCCUACCAAAACUGGUAGAACUUAUGAAAUUAAUUCUCCUAAAAGUCAGAAAAAGGACUGUAAUUCCCGACAAUCCGCUUUUAGCUCACCAAGAUCUUUGGGUACCGGGAAUGUUAACUUAUUUAUUCAUAAUGUACCCCCAGUAGCACUAACAGAUAGUCAAUUCAAUAUUAUACCUCUUGGUAUUAAUGGACAUGGGGAAAUUGUAAGUACCCAACCCAAUAGCUUACAAUUAGCUGUUUUGGUGCCACAAAACUUAAGUAAUCAUUUAUAUGGUAUAUCAAUAAGUUCUCUAAUCAAUAGUGAUUUAACGGACACACAGGACAAAGUUUUGACACCACAAAAGUACCGUACCUUGAGGACAAGAGAUGUGUUUACUCAAACUGAAACAGAUUUAUUACGUUACAAAGUCGAUAAAAACGUUGAAACAAUUGAUAUGGAAAGAGAUAUAGAUAAGGACUACCCUAAUAUUGAUGAAAAUGCGCCACAGGAUGGGAAUCGGAAUAGUUUAAAAAAAGAGAGACGUUUGCGAUCAGAGGACAGGUACAAAAAGGAUAUUGAAAAUCGACCCAAAUGGGGCGCUAAUAAACCAAUUGCACAAUACAAAAAACAAAGCGAAAAAGAUCCGUUUUAUUGUCAAAAGCGAAAGGUUCGGCAGAAAUAUCGACCACAUGCACGGCAAUACAUGUCUCAAUCUAGUGAAGAUAGUCGGUCUCCAAGUCCCCCAACUAGGUCAGAAAAAACCACAGAAAGUAGUUUUAAACAACGCAAUUCUCUAACUCAGUCAUAUUGGAGAAAGAAAGGAUCCAAUCAAGAUUAUUUGCGAAAUAGUAGCGGUGUAGAAGUUUUAAAUACUGAUGUACCAGAAUUUUGUUCUCUUGACCAAAUUACAGGUGACAAAUCAGAUCAAAAUAAGUUAACGAAAAGCGUGCAAGUACCUGUGAUAAUGUCAAAAUUGGAUGAUUUAUUUGAUAAAAAGAAAGAUGAAGCACCUAUGCUUGAUUUAUCCAAAACCAUUAUCAAUACUGCUGAAGAGUAUAGAGCCGUCCUAGACAAAGUUCCGGAGUUCAAAACUAGACCCGAAAAGGUGAGAGCUGAAGAUAUUAAAAUCAAAGAUAGACCGGAGGACCAAAAAACAAAGACACUUAAAAAAGAAAUAAGGGCAUAUGAAAAACUUGGCACCCGUGGAUAUGAAGAUAAACAUUUCACGUUCAUGGAUCCAAUACCGGUAGAAAUGCGGGGCUUGAAAUUCGAAGAGCUAUGUGCCGUACCAAUAGAGUGGCGAAUGCUUACGUCUGUUAGACCUAAGUCUAAACUAGAUGAAGAAUAUUUUAAUAGGUUAAUUGAACUGCGCAAGUCGGAACUAAGAACCAAGGCCCGAGACAAGAGGGAACUGGCAAAAAACAAUAUGAUUAGAAAAACGAAAAACCGUUCGGGCGUGACGGAAACUAGAAUCUUGUCUUGCUCGGAGUGCGGUGAAGAAUACUGUAAUGGUACAAUGUGCAACAUAACGAAUUACGACAUGUUUGCCCGUCUAAAAUUAGAAGUUGAGCCAAAGGUAAUAAGACAUGUGGCGCCACCAAACGCUCCCGGCAAACUACGAAAGCUGCGCAAGAGGAUAAGAAGAAAGCCCCGCAGCAAAAGCGCCGCACCACCGUUGAUACACAAAGCUUCUAGAAACAAGACUGGGGCUAAAAGCGACUCUGAACUUUAA